UCUCGAAUUCGUGACAAAUAAUAGAAGGAAAUCAUGCAUGCAUGGUAAGCACGCAUUCGUUGCGGCCGCCGCACUUGUGAAGUUACUGGAAGACCGCGGGCAAAGCUUAAUCGACCAAUUUCCAAUUUCCAAGCCACCUUAUUCCGAUCAUCCGCUGCAGUUAUCCUUUUCCUCGCUCUUUGUCCUUUUCUUUUUUCUUUCGAUUCCUGCCCCUCCCUCAAUCCCCAUUGAUUUCUUUAAAUCCGUCCUCUCCAACCCCCACGACAUCGAGGGGUUAAAUCCGUUCCCUCCAACAACAACCCCCGACGACGACGGGGACGACGUCGAGGAGUCCGCUAACUCUAACCCUGACCUUAUUCCUUUCGCCGGCGGCAGCGCUAUGUCGAGCCUCGGAGGUCUCGUCAAGAUCCUCGCCGUGAAAUCGGAGACUGUGUUCCAGACUUACCGCCGGGACCUGGAGGAGUUCCGCUCUGGCCUGAGGAAGGAGACUGCGGCGCUCCGGGCGGCCGCCGCCCGCGUCGUACGCGAAUUCCCGUGCUCCCUCGAGGGCAGAGCCGCCGCCGCUCAGGAGUCCCUCGAGUCCGUCGGCCAGGCCGUCGGUGGCUCCGUCGCUGGGAUCCUCGCCCAUGACCGAGAAUCUCUCCUCCACCCCCGCGAGUCCUCUGUGCCGCAGAAGGCCACGGAGAUCUCGUCGAAGCGGCAUAGCAGGUUCGAGGCGCAGGUUCUUGCUGUCCAGUGCGAUCAAAAAACGUUCUUGGAAGAGCCGGAGGAUGGGGAGGAUUUCGAGACUUGGAAAACAGGGUUUGGGUUGGCGGAAAAGGAGGAGGAAAUUGAGAGGCUUGGAUAUGAGCAUGGGAUUCUAAAGGGUGUUAUUGAGAAGCUUGUGCCCGAUGUAGUGGAUUAUGAGACCUUCUGGAGUCGGUAUUUCUACAGGAUUCAUAUGCUCAAGCAGGCGGAGGAUGCCCGGGCGAGGCUCAUGAGAAGGGUUAUUUCGAGGGAAGACGAGGAGGAGGAUUUGAGUUGGGAGGUGGAUGAUGAUAAGGAGAAGAAGCAAGUAAAAGAACAGAAAGAAGUAGAAAUUAGAGGAGAAAAAGAAGACAAGGAGGUGGAGAAAAGAAUUUGUGGGGGUUUGGGAUCCAUAGAGGAUAAGGAAACCAUACAAAAGUCCCAGGUUGAACAAGCAGUUGAGUCGAGAGUAGGAAAUGUGGGAAAUGCUGAAAGAAAUGGUGAUGUUUGGAUAUCCAUAUUGAAUGAGAAGAUGCAGGAGGAGAAGGAGGUGGAGGCUGGAGAGUGCAAGCUGUCUAUGCAAGAGGAAGAUGAUUUUGACUGGGAGGAGAUCGAGGAUCUUGUGGAGCAUGAUGAUGAGGGAGUGGUAGGUCCUUGUGAAAGUUUGUGUCAGGUGGAUUUGCACAAGAGACUUAGUGCUGAUGAAGACGUUGACGUUCUGAGCUGGGACAUUGAAGAUGAUGAUGAUGAACCCACUAAGCCUUGAAAUUCGGCUCAAGGAAUGUUGGCCAUUGAAUUUAUUAUGUAUAUAUGUCCAUCCUUAGAUUUUCUUGCUUUUGAAGAGGUCUGCUUUCAAUGGUAAUUGUUUAGAUUUGGUUGUUUAUUUUCAUUUAAUCUUAUAUAUGUGUAUUUGGCUGAAGGAAUUAAUAACACCAGAUAUUAU